UCUUCCACUUGGCCUCAUACUUCAUCCCCUUCGGUUCAAUUCCGCGAUGAACAGAUGGACAUGGCAUGAUGAAGCCUUCCCUUCAAAUACUCUCGUCUUGGCCGAUGCUCUCUUGAUCUGUUCCUUUCCGUACCAGAGCAAGUCCUUCUCCACUUGCCCGCAACAUCCAGUACACAACUCUCAGCAUCAUGGCACCCUCGGAUUUAAGUCAUGAUUCCACCAUCCUCAUUGUUGGUGCAGGUGUCUGGGGAUGCUCAACGGCUUUGCACUUGGUCCGUCGUGGCUACAAGAAUGUCACGGUGCUAGAUCCCUAUACCGUUCCCUCUGCGAUUGCAGCUGGGAAUGAUAUCAACAAAAUCAUGGAACAUCGAGAGCCGAAGGAAUCUGAUACGGAUCCCCGCAGCAUUGCUUUUGCUACCUGCACCCGUGCUGCCUUGAAAGGCUGGAAAACAGAUCCCGUUUUCAAGCCAUAUUUCCAUGAAACCGGCGUGGUUGUAUCGGGUCACACCCCUGCGUUGAUCGAACACAUUCGCGAGACAGAAAUUGAACCUUCGAUGGGCGACUUUGUGAAGCUGGAAACGGCAGAGGACUUUCGCAAGACAAUGCCGGCAGGAGUCUUGACUGGCAAGUUCCCCGGCUGGCAGGGCUGGCUCAACAAAUCCAACGCGGGAUGGAUCCACGCCCAAAAAGCCAUGGUAUCCGCCUACACGGAAGCCAAGCGCUUGGGAGUUAAGUUUCUUACCGGGUCCCCGCAAGGAAAUGUUGUGGCUCUAGUCUUUGAGAAUGGCGAUGUUGUGGGAGCAAGAACAUCUGAUGGCGUGGUUCAUCGCGCGGACCGCACCAUUUUGUCGGCUGGUGCGGGCAGUGACCGGCUUCUGGACUUUGAGAAGCAGCUGCGUCCUACAGCCUGGACUUUGUGCCAUAUCAAGAUGACUCCCGAAGAGGCCAAACGUUACAAGAAUCUACCCGUGCUGUUCAACAUUGCUAAGGGCUUCUUCAUGGAGCCCGAUGAGGAUAAGCAUGAGUUGAAGAUUUGCGAUGAGCAUCCCGGCUACUGCAACUUUGUUCCUGAUCCUAAGCGGAAUGGUGACAUCAGGAGUAUCCCAUUUCCAGCACACCAGAUUCCGCUAGAAGCCGAGGCUCGUGCUAGGGACUUUCUCCGGGACACAAUGCCGCAGCUUGCAGACCGACCGCUUUCCUUUGCUCGUAUCUGCUGGGAUGCUGAUACGCCAGAUCGUGCCUUCUUGAUUGAUCGGCAUCCCAAGCAUCCUUCGUUGGUCGUUGCUGUAGGAGCAUCCGGUAACGGCGCGAUGCAGAUGCCUUCAAUUGGAGGAUUUAUCGCGGACGCACUGGAAGGUCAUCUCCAGAAGGAAGUGAAAGAUGUUGUCCGCUGGAGACCAGAGACGGCCGUUGACCGGGACUGGAAAGCGACCCAGAAUCGUUUUGGUGGCCCGGAUGCAAUCAUGGACUUCCAGAAGGUCAAGGAGAGUGCCUGGACCAAGAUUAGCGAGAAAAGCCGGCUAUAGGGAAAUCGAAGUGCAACCUGCGUCUUCAUCUACCGUCAUACUUAUGUAGGUAGGGAGAUAGUAUGACAAGCUAACUCGUAAUGAGAUAUGUGC